CAUAAAAAGGUUUUUUAAGUGCUGUGGAUAAAUUCCGAUGGUCCGUGAAGGCAGCAUGAGGGGCGGACUUUGUGUAAUUGUCCUCCAUUGUCAGGUCGCAGCGGCGCGAGGAGGAGCAGUUUUUCCUAGUGGGGGGGUUUUACCACUACAGCCAGGUCCAGGAGGUUCCUCCGGCGGGUCUCCGGGGUCCUGGCGGGACCAGCAGGCGCCAUGGCCGGCGGCUGGUGGCACAGCGCCGCGGUGACCCACGUGCUGACGGCUCUGUUCGCCAUGGGCUCCUGGGUCUCCGUCAACUGCCUGUGGCUCGAGCUGCCGGUGGUGGUCCGCGUCCUCCCGGAAGCGUGGAACCUUCCCGCCUACCUCACCGUGGUCAUAGCGUUGGGGAACCUGGGUCCGGUCGCCGUGACACUGACGCACCACUUCGCCCCGGGGCGGCUGAACGAGCGCGUGGCCAUCCACGGCAUCCAGGCGCUGGCGGUGGUGGCGGCAGCGUUCCUGGCCAUUUUCUGGUCGCACACGGUGACGGUGGCGGGAACGCCGCGCUCGCUGCCCUUCCUGCUCGCCACCUUCCUGCUGUCCACCGUCUGCUGCACGUCCAACGUCACCUUCCUGCCGUUCAUGUUCCGCUUCCCGCCGCAGUACAUCCGCACCUUCUUCGUGGGGCAGGGCCUGAGCGCGCUGCUGCCCUGCGUCGUGGCGCUUGCGCAGGGCGUGGCUCGGGGUGGGGGUGGCGGCGGAACCGCCAACGCCACGCUGGCGCCACCGGAGAGCAGAACCGUUAACGCCACGCUAGCUCUGGAGACGCUAGCGACACUAGCGCCAGAGACGGCGCUGGAGGAGAACUUCCCGGCCCAGAACUUCUUCUGGUUCCUGUUCGCCAUGCUGUUGCUGUCGGCGCUGAGCUUUUUUGCUCUGACCCGGAGGCCCACCGAGGCGCCGCAGGACCCGCUGCCGCCACAGCAGGAGUCCGACAGCGGCGCGGCGGCGGCUAAAGACGGGGAGGACACUCACCUGUGCAACGGCGGGACGCCGGCGUCCGAGGAUCAGGUGCAGGUGGAGGAGAAGCCGCCUUCACCUGCGCCGGCGCCCUUCUGGACGCGGCGGAACAUCUACCUGCUGCUGCUGCUCGCCGCCUCCAACGCGCUAACCAACGGCGUCCUGCCCUCCGUGCAGAGCUUCACCGCGCUGCCCUACGGAGCCAUGACCUUCCACCUCUCCGUAGUCUUUGGAAACAUCGCCAACCCCGUCGCGUGUUUCCUCGCCAUGUUCGUCCUCCUCAGGUCCUCCUCCGGCCUGGGCGUCCUGUCGGUGGCGGGAGGCGUGUUCGCUGCGUACCUGCUAGCGCUGGCAGCGCUCAGCCCCUGCCCCCCCCUGAGGGAAACCGACAGCCACGCCGGCGAGGCGCUGGUGGUGGUGUCGUGGGUUCUGUUCACGGGCCUGUUCUCCUACCUGAAGGUGGUGGUGGGGACGCUGCUGCACGAGGCGGGUCACGCGGCGCUGCUGUGGUGCGGCAUCUCCAUCCAGGCCGGGUCGCUGCUGGGGGCCCUGACCAUGUUCCCGCUGGUGAACAGCGGCCUGUUCCAGGGGGGGGACUGCUAGCCGGGCCGGCCGUCGCCCGGGAAACGGACCGGGUCACCCAGGAGGCUCCUCCCCCUGAACA